CCCUCACCAUCCACCAGCUCCAUCACCUGCCUGCCCCCCCUUCUCUCUCUCAUAAUUAGAGGAUAAGACCAUACCAGACCAAAAUCCAAACCCAAAACAACGCAGCCCUCAAAUCUCUCUCAUUUAUAUCUUUCUCUCUUUUAGAUCAAAACCUAUAAAAGAACCUUUUUUCAAAUUCUUCCCUCUCUCUUUAUUUUCUUUCUAAUUUUUUUUUUCCUUUUAAAGCUCUAACUUUUGGCUCUUUAAUCUAUGAACAAACCCUAGAUUUACCUUAUUUUUCGCUUGAUUCAGGGUUUUGGUUACUGGGUUGGGACUAAACAGUUCAAAAUUGAAUCUUUUUGGUUAGAUCUGUGUUUUUUAUUAAUUAACGAGGUUGGAUUCAUCUUUUUUGGCUGUGAAAUCGAAAACCCAGAUAAGAAGAUUCAGUUUUUAGCUGUUGAAACAAAAACCCAGAUAUAGAAGUUUAUUUUUUAGUCGUCAAAGGACAAACCUAGAUAAAAAAACCCGGUUUUUAGGUGUGAAAAGAGGAAAAAAUAAAUAAAUAAAUUGAUAUUGUGUUUUUGUUGAGGGAUUAUUGGGGUAGUGUGGAACACAAAAGGAAGAAAUGGCAGAGCAAGGAGGCUUGGAAGGUAGCCAGCCAGUGGAUCUCUCCAAGCAUCCGUCUGGCAUUGUUCCCACCCUCCAGAACAUUGUUUCAACAGUGAACUUGGAUUGCAAGCUGGAACUCAAGCAAAUUGCCCUGCAAGCUCGUAAUGCAGAAUAUAAUCCCAAGCGUUUUGCUGCCGUCAUCAUGCGGAUUAGGGAACCAAAAACUACAGCAUUGAUUUUUGCCUCUGGCAAGAUGGUGUGCACAGGUGCCAAGAGCGAACAGCAAUCUAAACUGGCUGCAAGAAAGUAUGCUCGAAUCAUCCAAAAGCUUGGCUUUGCUGCCAAAUUUAAGGACUUCAAGAUUCAGAAUAUUGUUGGCUCCUGUGAUGUCAAGUUUCCCAUUAGACUUGAAGGGCUUGCAUACUCCCAUGGUGCUUUCUCAAGUUAUGAACCUGAACUCUUUCCGGGUCUAAUAUAUCGCAUGAAACAACCUAAGAUCGUGCUCCUUAUUUUUGUCUCUGGAAAAAUUGUGAUCACUGGAGCCAAGGUGAGAGAUGAGACAUACACAGCCUUUGAAAAUAUAUACCCUGUCCUUACAGAGUUCAGGAAAGUCCAGCAAUGAUACAUAUUUGAAAUGGGGCUUUGGUGUUAUUGUGGAUAGUCAUGGAUGAUGUGGGUCCAAGUGUGCAUAAGUGAAGCUGUGACACAGCCUUCAUGGCUCCGGGUCUGUCGCUGUAUUCUAAUGUGUUUGGUCUCUUACCCACCAAAAGUGGGGUGUGUCCUGGUGGAAAGUGCUUUUGUAAUGUGUAAUUAGUGAGGUGCGUAGUUGCAAGGUAAGGGCGGGGGACUGAAUAACAUGUUUUUUGUUUGUUAGCCAAUGCGGAUUACACUCGGAUAAUUUUAAUGUUAAAAACUUAGUUCCAAUUUUGACUCGAA